GCUUGGAACUCUGGGUAGGGCAUUCACGAGUCAGCCAUAUUGUUUCAUCGCCUUGGUAGAAGUGUAGAGGGGAUAUGAAGGGGAUUCGGGGAAUAAGUCAACUCUCGAAACGCUGCUAUGCGGCCUCAAGAACAGACCUGCCCUUGAGUGAGCCCCUGGCAGGCCUCAAGCUCUCCCCUGGGGUGGCCCACUCUUACCACGAUGUCCAUGUGACCAAACUGCCCAGCGGACUGGUCAUCGCCUCACUGGAGAACUACUCCCCGGCCUCCAAGAUUGGAGUCUUCAUCAAGGCUGGCUGUCGCUAUGAGAGCCCCGGCAACCAGGGCGUCACCCACCUUCUGCGACUUGCCGCCAACCUGACCACCAAAGGAGCCUCUGCCUUCAAGAUCUGUCAAGGUGUGGAGGCAGUGGGAGGCAGCUUGAGCGUGACUUCAAGCAGAGAGAACAUGGUCUACUCCGUCGACUGCUUGAGAGACCACAUUGACACAGUGAUGGAGUACCUGAUCAACGUGACCACAGCGCCAGAGUUCCGGCCGUGGGAGGUGUCUGACCUGACCUCCAGGGUGAAGAUGGACAAGGCCCUCGCGUCACAAAGCCCUCAGAUAGGGUUGAUCGAGGAUCUACAUGCAACAGCUUUCAAGAACGCUCUGUCCAACUCCCUCUACUGCCCAGACUACAUGGUGGGAAACAUCGACUCCGACCAUCUGCACCACUAUGUUGAAAACAACUUCACAAGUUCCAGAAUGGCUCUGGUUGGACUAGGUGUGGACCACACUGUGCUGACUCAGGUUGGGGAACAGUUUCUGAACAUCCGGAGUGGUAUGGGGACAGUUGGGACCAAGGUUCAGUACAGAGGAGGCGAAACACGUAACCAGAAUUCCAACAGUUUGGUCCACUCAGCUGUGGUGAUUCAGGGGCCUCAUCUUGGCUCAGAAGAGGCCUGGGCCUACAGUGUGCUGCAGCACGUUCUGGGGGCGGGGCCUUACAUCAAGAGGGGCUCCAACACCACUAACAAACUCAUCCAAGGCAUCGCCAAGACAGUCAGCGAUCCAUUUGAUGCUUCUGCUUUCAAUGUCAGCUACUCUGACUCUGGUCUGUUUGGAGUGUACACCAUCUCCCAGACUGCCUCUGCCACUGACGUGAUCCAGGCUGCCGUUGCCCAGGUAAAGGCUGUUGCUGAUGGUGGUCUUGACGCCGCUGACCUGAGCAGAGCCAAGACUCAGCUGAAGGCUCAGUACCUGAUGUCCCUGGAAAGCUCUGACUCUGUGCUGGAGGCCAUGGGUAACCAGGCCCUGAUUGCGGGGUCCUACCUCUCACCUGAAGCCGUCGUCCAGAAGAUCGACACGGUUGCCACUGCUGACGUUGUCAACGCUGCACAGAAUUUUGUUUCCGGCAAGAAAUCCAUGGCUUCCACUGGUAACCUUGUAAAAACACCCUUCAUAGAUGAGAUCUAACCUUUCUGUCACCCUGUAUCACCCUGUGAUUUGAAAUGGUAAAGCUAUGACCAUCUGUCCAUCUGUCCACCCAAAAAGAAAUAUGGUCAUUGGUACUACCAUAAUUACGAUGUUCUAGAAAAUAAUGCUUUCAUCCCACCAGUUGAUAUUUAUACUUGUUCUCACUCUUAAGUGAAUCAUUCAUCCUGGUGCAUCAAAGGAAAAUAAAGGAACAUGACCAUGUGUCCUCUUGAACUGUAUAGCUGAUGUAAAUUAAUGAAUAAACUGUCUACCAUAA